AUGACAGGUGAUGACAAUGUGAUCGAACUUCUAUUUGAUUUGUUUGUUACCAUUGCAAAUGUUGAUGAUUCUAUCGUACUACUAUUAUGUCCUACUACUCCUACUACUCCAGCUCCAACUCCUACAAUUGAUAAUUUACGUGGAGUAGCCAACUCUCUCUCUCUUUGUAUAUCAAGAAACAUCUGUCUGUUCUGUCUGUCUGUCUGUUUGUUUGUCAUAGCUAGAGGCUAUCUUUUAAUUUUUAAAUUAAAUAUCAUGAUAAGACAUACCCAAUAUCAACAACAACAUUCAACUUCACUCCCCUUUAAUCAAAAUGAAGUGCCAUCAUCAUCAUCACCUACAUCUACAUGUUCUUCUCCCCUUCACAAUAAUAAUAACAAACAUAAUAUAUUAAAUUCUUCAACUUCCUCGAUUCCAUCUCCCCUACACAAUAAUAAUAAUAAUAAUAAUAAUAAUAUUCAUAAUCAAUUAAACUCUUCUACUUCUUCUAUAAAUAACUUUAAUGAUGAUCUCUCACAUCAUUCACAACAACAACCUCAACAACAACAACAACCAUGUACAUCAUCAACAUCAACUUCACCAGUUCAUUUCAUGCCAAUACCAUAUCACAAAUAUCAAUUAAAUCAAUUUAAACAACAACAACAACAACAAAUACAACAAUUUGAUAAUCAUUAUCAAGAACAACAACAACAAGAAUUUACAAAUUAUAUAGAUUAUAGAACAUUUAAAAAGUUGGAACAUCAAGCAACCUUUUUUGUUGAUCAAUUACCAUCGGUCAAUGUUGACAAGAUUACAUCACAAUAUUAUAAUCGUCCACCAAUGUCAGAGGGUGGAGAGUUUAACUGUCCACAAGAAUCACUCAAUAGUCCAUCUAGUGUUGCUCGUGCCAUGUACCAGUUUCUAAUGGCAUGUACACACACCAACAUCUUUCCAGAGAUUGAACCAAACCUCGAUGCAUUUGGUGGUAUCAACUGCGACCACAUUGAAUAUGAUUUGGAGACAUUUAUGGAGUUGGAAGACAUUAAGCCCGAUGAAUUGGACGAGCAUAUUCAAGACCGUAUCGAUAUCAUUCAGGAUCUCUACACCAAUGAAGUCCAGUCUCUUGACAAUUGCUAUGCGACUGCUAGUUCAAUGUUGGAUCAGUGUCACAGCACCUUGGUCAAGAUCAGACCUCUUCGUGCACAAGAACACCAAGCCAAGCUCAAGUUUGUACACUCUAAGCUCUUGUUGCCAAAGGCCUAUCAAAAGGGUAUGUCUUGUGACCUACUACUCGAUUGUCGUAGAAUGGCUGGUGUGUCUCGUGUCCCCAAGGCCCUUGUCACCAAUCCCGAGGAUCAACCAGAUCUCGCACCAAAAAAGAGAGGUCGUCCAUCGUAUCUAAACAAAGCCAACAACAUUGCAUUGUAUGGCAAACCCGACACCAAGAAAACCAAGAAAUACAAUGCCAAGGGCAGAAGAACUUUGGCUCAAGAUGCAUCCAAUGCACUAAACUCUUGGUUCUACAAUCACAUUAACUUUCCACUACCAAACGAAGAUGAAAAAUCACUCCUUUCAUCCAUCUCUAAUCUCUCUAGAAUUCAAAUUGACAAUUGGUUUGGCAACAAGAGAAUCCGUGAAAGAAAGAAAAAGAUGGCUCUCCAAGGUAUCCAAAAGACCAUCGAAAUGAAUGAAAAUGCUCAUCAUUCAUUUAAUCAAAUUCAUCAAGAUGGUCAUGGUAAUGGUCAUCAUGACCAAGACUCUAGUGAUAUUUCAUCAGAUCAUCAUGGUUCAUUUAUUAUUGAUGAAGAUUAUAAUGAUGAUGAUAAUGAAGAAGAAGAUUAUAAAAUGAAUAAUAAUAAUAAUAAUAAUAUAUCAUCUUCAAAAAAAAGAAAGAAUAGAAAACAUAAAUAA